GUCGGUGGCAGGGCCGGGAUGGAGGCAGACGGAGCCCUCGACCCCAGGGCGCUGGAGCGGGAGCUGCGGGAGGCAGUGGCGGCCGACGAGAGGCGGGAGAGGGAGAACGAGGCCAAGCUGCGGGCCAUGCGCCAGCACGUCCGCUCCUACGAGGAGUUCAGGAACAUUGUGUUGGCAUCACACCUGAAGCCCCUAGAGAAAAAGGACAAGAUGGGUAAGAGGAGGAACGUGCUGUGGAAUCCCUGUGCAGCCCAGACCAAGGCCCCACAAGCCAGCGACGUGGAAAUACCCCAGGAACUGGAUCAACUGCCCGGAACCUCUGCUGAAUUUUACAGAGAUUGGCGCAGAUGCUUAAAAAGCGGAAAAGAAAAAUACCAGUUUUUACUUGAACUUGGAGGGAAGGCCUUGGGCAGAAUCUUUCAGGCUGACUUAGGCUUUGGCCUCCUGGGUGAAUUCCUUGCGGUGCUGGCAGAGAACAUCUGUCAUGAAGACAGAGAUGCCAUCCUUCAGAUCUUACAGAGCCUUUCGGGCACCAAGCGCUUUGGGUUAAACGUGGAUCUUCUGAGCGAGUCGGAGAAGGAGAGCAGCAGGGAUUUGUUUAGGAAGCUGCAGAGCAUGAGCAGGGAUUAUUGGACUGCUGGCUGUCCCAGCAGCCCAGAUGGUUGUGAAGCAGAGAGGGAAGCCCACCUUAUGGACACCAGCUUGCAAAAGGAAGCCGAGGAGGAAAGGAUAGUGAUGGAGCUGAUGAAAUGUUACCAGGUCAACUGAAGGAGCAGAAGCACCAGGGUCAUGCAGAAACAGAGUGCAAAAGAGGCUCAAAGCUUGACUUUGUGCGAGAUGGAUAAUUGGAUACUUAUGGAGCAUUGCUGUACAUUUUUCUGUACUGGGAGCCACCCAGAGCAAUAGUUCUGCACAAAUAAAGGUUAGUUACUGA